UGUUUUCAAACCCAGGCACAUACCAAUGAAGAUGGCGGCGGUGGGGUCCGCCAAAUCCACUGGACCGGGGCAGAGAAGCAAAAGCAGGCCUGGCGCGCUCUCAGCUCCGCUGUCUCUGGAGGAGGCUCGGUGCCCAGUGUGCUCGGAGAUACUCCUGGAGCCGGUCACGAUGCCGUGCGGCCACUCGGUGUGCCUGCAUUGUUUCCAGCGGACGGUGAAGUUGAUCAGCCUGUGCUGUCCGCUGUGCCGGUUGCGAGUGUCCAGCUGGGCCCGUAAACAGUCCCGGGAGAAGAGCCUGGUCAACGCCGAACUGUGGGAGCUCGUUCGGCUCAGCCACCCAGAGCGCUGCAAGCGGAGGAUGGAGCAGCGGGACGGAGAGAUCCCGGACGGGGAAAUAUUUCGGGCACCUGUACCAGUUCAUAAGGUUGGAGAAAUGCGUCAAGAGUACGAGAAGCAAAAGAUGAAGAGUGGACGCAGUGAAGAAACCGAUGAAAGAAAGAAAAAAAUGCAUAUAAAAGAAGAGUGUGUGCUGCUGAAACAUUGUCAAUAUCCUUUUUGUGGAGUGUCAGACUCUGAGAAUGAAGAGCCGGUAGGAAGGAGGACCAGACACGUUUCAGCAUUUGUACGAAAAACAAGAUGCUCACCUGCCUUCAACAAAAGUUGUCUUCAUAGCAGUGCUGCUCAGAGGAGCAGGAGUUGUACGGAUUCUGAAGAUGGAAGAGGAAAAAGCAGAGGUCACACAAAUCAAGCUGUUCCUGAAAAGGCUAACAUCGCUCAUAGUUACAACGCUGGAAUCCUCCUGUCCUCUGAGAACAGCCGGUCCUUCUCAGCCCCUUUGCUCAGUCUAGAUAAGAGACACCAUUGGCGGGGCAUCCACACCUCAUCUGCCACCCUUGUGCUUCAGACAAAACCAGAGAGGUCCAUUAGCCCCGAGAGCAACGACAGCAUAUCGGAAGAACUCAACCAUUUCAAGCCUAUCGUCUGCUCACCAUGCACUCCGCCUAAAAGGUUGCCCGAUGGGCGACUCUUGGAACCAAUGAUCGUAAAAUCAACCCCCAGGAACUUGACCCGUGCUUUACACAAGUCCACAAGCUACGAGGCUAGUCCGACCAUCUUGCAGAAGUGGAAGCAGAUUGAAGUUGAUCGUCAGUGCAUCAAAGUGACCUCAAAAGGUACGGUUACAAGUCCGAUCGCAGAGGAUCUUAACCUUAAACUGAGUCCCGUCGAAGAACGGGACUGUCAACCAUGCAGCUGUUCUGUAGCCAAGGACCGAUUGCUGGAUCUUCAGUGCAUUUGUGGUUCAAAUGCACACAAGUCAAAGAGUCGGAAGGAUAAACCUAUAAUCUAUAAUAAGCGACGGCUUAUAUUUGAUCCGUAUAAUAAAGGGGAAGAAAAAACACAAGUUGCAGCUCUGAUCAAAACAUUUGGAGAUUCUUCAACCCCUAAAGCAUGUAAGGAACUCUGUGAACCCUCAGAAAUGGGUCCACCAAUGCUUGACAGUAACGCUGGACAUUGCAAUCAAGGUACUGUAGACCCGGAUCAUAAUAUAAAGAUAAAUGAGCCUACCACUAUGAGCUGUGUACUUAACAGACCUACCUCAAGAAGGGGCAAAAAAAGAAGCCAGAAAACCAAACACAUGGAGGAAACUCUACAGACGAAAAUAUCCCGGACAAACCGCUAUGACAGUCUUGAUGAUCUGAUUGUCCAGAGAAUGAGUCAAGAAAAGGAGGACCGAGAACUGGCUCUAAAGCUUCAAAGACAGUUUGACAGAGAGUGUAAAAAAGUGGACAGGCAUAAAACAAGUCGUAACAAAUAUGAACUCCGGUCCUGGGGUUCCAAAGAUGGGAUAGUAGGAUACAACACACGCAGAUCAGGAAGAGUCUCCAAACAAAAUGAGCACUUUAACUAUACCUGUUAAAGGGACCUACGGUUAUGGUGGAAUUUUAUUGUAGUGUUUCGUCAGUCAUAAACAUUUUCUUUGGGCACUACAGAGACUUUCUAACAUCUGUACAAGUAUUGCUAGACAAGGUAUUUACUUUUUUUGACUUUAGUAGAUGGGCUUCAUCCAAAGCAACUUUCGUCAAUCAAGUCCACCUAACGCAACCCAGGGUUAAGUGCCUUUACUUUAGGGCACAGUGGUCAACGAGCAGGAUUGGGCAAGUUUCCCAUUUAUAUGGAUCAGCACCAAAAGCUGCAGUGUUUUGUUUCCAGCUUGGUAACUUUAUCAAGCUUCUACUCAAAAGGAAAGGAACUAUGGUAUUUGGGGAUACAAAUUAUGUACAGAAGUCUAUACACCUUAAGAACUCUGUUAGUCAAGCCAGGACAUAUUACUUACAAUCUUUCUGCUCAUCACAAUCACUUUUUUCAUUGUUUUAAGUUUAUCAUAGGACAGUUGUUACAAUUUACAUUUUAAACGAAUGUUUUUAAUUGUGGCAUAACCCUUUUUUUGUUUGUUUCUUCAUUUCUUGUUUCCAGUCCUUGGGACGUAUCCUUAAUUUACCCAUAGAUCAAUCAGUUUUCUUUCCUUUUGGCUUACGAAAUCCUUGGGGGAAGAGUAAUAUUAUUCUAGCUUUAGGCCUGAAAACCACUCUACACAAGUACAAAGACGCAAAUGCUUGGUCAACAGUUUGCAAGAAAAGUCUUAUAGGUAAACUGAUUCUUGUUGUACUAUGGCGGAAAUAAACCUAAGUAUUGAUAGGAUUGCCUUCAAACAACUUUAUUUUGUGCCAUUAAUCAGAAUGUAUUAUUUAUUUAUUUUUGGCUAGCUGUAAACAUGUUAGUAUUAAAGCAAGGCCAUUUGAAGAUUAGAUUUACCCAAACUGAAAAUUAUGUUAUUAAUCACUCACUCAUAAAUUGUUACAAACCUCUGAUACCUUUGUUUGAGAUACAAAUUUGAAUAAACUCUGAGUGCUCCCUCAUCCUCCACAUUCAGCAACAGUCACAGGACUGUGUAAAAUAUACCAAAAAACUUUCUCAAAACAGACCUUUCAGUGGUUCAAACAGAAUCUUAUUAAGCUACGACAAUCCUGCGCACACAACUAAAGAUAGCUUUAUUCAGCCAUUUUUCCCCCUCAUUAGGUAUGUUUCCAUAAAAAAAUGCUAAUUAACUUUAUGCCAAAACUGAAUUAUCGCAUAAAAGACAUACGAAUAAAGCAGCGUUUCCAUCCAACAAGUGAAAGUGAACAAAAUCGUCACUUCCUGAUUAUCUUGCGCCAAAAUCAACAUUAAAAACGGAAUUUGCUGUGGUAGGAGAAGCUGCGUGAAUCUUUUCUUCAUUUAUUAAAUGACUUGUGCCUCAGAAGGCAAUCCUGACAUGCUAUGAAUGUGCGGUGGCGUUUUAAAGGUAAUUAUUUAUAUAAUAGCACUAACACUGUAAUGUUUAAGGCGUUUCAGAAUGACCAAAACAACAUUUCCGAUGUUUUACAAUGUACUCAGCCUGCUGGUUUAUUCAUUCGAUCAUAUUUUUUUUAUCAUCACAUAAUGUCUUGUAACAAAAUCACAGGACCUUUUUUAUGCACAUACUGGAAUUUGUUCUUUAAAAAUGUUUCCAUUGCAGUUUAUGCACAUCUUUUCUUAUCGAAUAAAAAGUUCUGCGCAUUUUACCUGUUCGAUCUACCUUUUUUAUGUGCAUAUCCAAAAUGCGCAUAAAAAUAGGUGAAUGGAAAUGUAGCUAGUGUCAGUGUAGGGCACACAUUCGCGAGAGUGCUCUGUAUACGUAUUAAUAUUUUGAUUUAUGUGCACUCAAAAGGAAUCUCGUAGCUUCAUUAAUGGAUCGAUUAAACCACUGAUGAGGCAAAUGGUUUAUUUUUAGAAUGUUUUUUCUUCUGGACUUUGAACAAGCUGGAACUGUUGAUAUCUAUGGAGAAUAAGGAAGCUCUUUGAUUUUAUGUAAAAUAUCUUAAUUUGUAUUCCAAACUUAAGACAAACAAAGGUCUCGUGAACGACAUGUGGGUGAGUAAUUAAUAGCCAUACUUUUAAUUUCUAGGACAACUUAACCUUUCAAGAUAGCCUCUAUGAACAAUAUUGCGACACACAGGAUUCUGUUUACUGCACUUCUCAUUUAUUUCUAUAUUAGCCGCAAGCAGAGACAGUUUUAACGAUGUCAAAGCAUUUUUGAUUGGUUUAUGAGGUAACUGGUAUGCUUUGCGUCACUGUUUGUUGCUGUAUUUACUAAAUGGGUGCAAGAAACAUGGUUAUAAGUAGUUCACCAGCAAAACGGAGAACUUAGUAGACAGUGGUUAUAGCCAACGACUGCUAUAGUGCCCCUUGUGGCACUGCUGAGAAUGCCUCAGUUGUGUUGUAUUUUAUGUAUUAAAUAGCUGGUAUUUGCGUUCACAUGUUUUGUGUAUAGUAUGUUUGGGGCCUAAAUGUACAUGUUUUACAUCAUUAAUUAAAUUGCUAUAAAAACAGUUUCAAAUGACAAUUUUAAGAGAUAUUAGUCGACAAUAUUAACAUAGUCGAAAUUGGUUUUAUUUAAACUUUCCAAACUUUAAUAAAUUAUGAUUCUGAUUGAAAUUUUAUAACCAAAUAAACAUAUUUGGAGACUUCUGUAAAAGAUUUGCACGUAACACCUCUAGGAAAAAUCUAGCAUGCUUCAUUUGGCAAAAAAAAAAAAACAUUUCUUAAAUCAGUUUUAUUUUUCUGUCAUUGUAUUUUCGGAGUUUGUCCAUAUGUCAAGUUUUAGAUUAAUGUUGACGUAAUUGUAAGACACUACUCUUAAGGGCUACUUUCAUUUCAGGACUUUGUUUACUAGAGAGAUCUAUUUUGUGACUUGCGUCUGCCAAGAAAGCUUUAAUCAUCUUAUUUUUGCUGAAAAAAUGAUGCCCAGUUGGACCACAUGUAUAUGCGCAUGCAUUUACUUUCACCUUCAUUUACCUUGAUCCUAUUUUUUCGUUCCUUUUUCUUACUGAUUAUUACAUCCUGUAAACUUCUUGGUAAUGUGCCAACAUUUUCCUGUAGGUAAUUUAAGUUUUUACACAACUCUGUUGGUUACAGGAUGUACUAUUGGAAAAAGAUCAGAUUGAUUUUUAUGCAUUACUGUACUAUUUUGGAAAUACGACUGUACGGCUGUAUUGAUACUGAUGCAAAGAUGAUAGUACAGAUUGUUUCUGACCGGCUUUCAAAGCACUUGGAUUGUCUUCCAUUGUUGAAAGGUAUUGCUGGAUUUAAAAGAGAAUAUGUUUGAAUUCAGUGGAGAUGUAAAGCACACAUAUUUAUUAUAUUGUAAAAAAAAAUGUCAUGUUUGUUUUUAAAUUUUGCCUUUUACCAAUUCACGUCAUCAGAACACUGAGCAUUUCUAGCUGACAUGACAGGAAUUAAAUGUAGCAUCCAUAAAAAAAAGUACCUUUUGCCUUUUUGUGUUUGUAAUGAAUAUUUAAAGAAUUGUUUUCGACACAUCUCAUUAGAUGCUCAGGAGAGUAAUGUUUUUCAGUCAGUAAGCAUAUAUGCCUUGUUUUCUAAUGACGGACAUUUACUCUUUCAUCGACUUUUUUAUCGAUAAAAUCGCCAGUCUUUCUUUCCAUUUCUGUCAUCUUUACCUUGAAGGAAUUAACUGAAGAAAAGAUGAAAAAAAUCUAAUAAACGAUUAUGACAUCUAAAUGUGAA